UAUCCAGGCGUCUUUGUGUCCCUCUCAUACUCACUAUACUCUUUCUUCCUCUCCCUGUGUAUGAACAUGGCCGGCAGGGAACCUGCUCCAAGGAGGAAGAGAGCCAGACUGAUGAAGCGGAAGGGCUGCGAGGAAGACGAAGGAAAGAGCCAUGAAAACCCAUUCGACCGGCUGCCGGAGGAGUGCAUCCUGAAGAUAUUCAGCUGCAACCCCGACCCAUCCGAUCGUUGGUCCUGCGCUGCGGUGUCAAAGAAAUGGCUCAACCUGCAAGCCCAGAUGAAGAGGUCAGACUUCAAGCUCGAGCCACCCGCCCCAUGCAGGGCCGCCACCCGCUUCAGCAGGUGCUUGGAGGGCUGCAGUUCAGUGGACACGCGGCUGGCGGCCAUGGUGGUGGCGAAGUUCUGGAGGGGAAAGAUCACCAGCCUGAGCAUCAGAGGGGACUCGCUGGACUACUCGUCCGAUCCACACGGGGUGCUGACGGACCAUGGGCUUCGGAUCGUCGGUUCGAGUUUCCCUUACCUCAAGUCCCUGGCCUUGUGGGGAUGUCUCCGGGUGACUUCCCGGGGACUUACCAGCAUGGCACAGGGCUGCGGCCUACUGGAGAAGCUCGAUCUCUGCGAGUGCCCCUUGCUCACAGACGAAGGCAUGGUCGCAGUCGCUACUCUGUUAACUAAUCUCCUCACGUUGAGUAUCGACUCAUGCAGAAACGUGGGGAACGGAACUCUCAAGGCCUUUGGGACACAUGCCCUACGCCUGGAGUCCAUUUCCAUUGUGGGCUGCCCUCUUGUGGGGGAUGAAGGCCUCCCUGCCCUUGGAGAUUUGCCCAACUUGAAGAGGCUGAAGCUUGCGAGGGUCUCCUCAGAUCUCACUGUGGUCCUUGAAAAUGUGAGGCAUGCAAAGAAACUGGCCGUCGUUUCACUGGAGGAACUUCCUUGUGCGCUGCCCAAUGAGCAGAAGCAGCUCAUAAAGGACUGUGGCCCUCUUGGAUCGUGUGUACCUCGCCUUAGGGAAUUUGGGUUGCAGUGCUUCAACCUUAGGAGCGUGUCCCUGUGCAGAUGCAGUCUGCUUGAUGACAAUGCACUGGUGAGUCUAGCCAGAGGGGCAGCUGCCUUGGAGAGCCUGGCCCUAGAGUGCUGCAACAGGGUCUCUUUCUAUGGGUUGGUGCAGGUGCUAAGCAAUUACAGCAAGAGCCUUAAGGUCCUGUCUUUGGUCAAGUGCAAGGGAAUUGUGGAACCAUUGACUUGGGCUGCCCAAGUACCAGCACCUUCAUGCACCGUGUUAGAAACCCUGGUGAUCGAACACUGCCCGGGCAUAAGAGAUGGCUUCUUUCAGUGGCUUGGGAGGGCGUGUUGGCAGCUGCAUGAACUGGAGCUCAUUGGGCUGGGUGCCAUAUCUGAUAAGGGUCUUCUGAGCCUCGUCCUGGGUUGUGGGCAGGGGAGCCCAGGCCUGGACAGGGUGUACAUGAGUGGGUGCACUGGGCUCACGGAUCUGUCUGUCUUCUGUAUAGCGAGCGUGUUUGGGGAAGAGUUGAGGUCACUGGGUUUAGUGGACUGCCAAGGAGUUAGCAGUAGGUGCAUGGAAGUCAUUUCUGCCUGUUGCCCUAAGUUGGUGGACUUGGACCUCUCGAGGUGUAAGAUUACAGACGAUGAACUAGUUUAUCUUGAUAGGAUUCAUGGCUUGAUGGGGUUGAACCUAAAGAACUGCCUUAGUUUGAGCAGAAAGGCCUUGGACUCCUUUGAGAGAACCCAUUUUGAGUGUGAUAUAGUCUUUUAAUUACGAGAGUUGAAUAGUUUUUUUAUGUUUGGAGCACAUGUAAAAGUGUUGCAUGGAAAAUCCGAGGCAUAUGUUGUACUAAGUUGGUGAGCAAGAAGUUUUUUUUCCCAAUUUUACCUAGUGGAGAGAUCUUCUCGUUUUCUUUUUGUAUUAUCUUGUUUCUUGUGUAGGUGUGCCCCAUUAUUAUUAUGGAAGGAUAACUUAUCUCUGA